AUGGCUUUCCAAUUGGCAAAACGCGAGCUGCGCAAGCAGAUGCGUGAUACUUUUGGACGCUUGUCUACGACGUCCAUCAGCCAGCAAUCCGCUGUCGCGACCACUAAGUUCCUGUCGCUCGCCGAAUACCACAACGCAAAGAGCAUCGCCGUAUACUUGUCCAUGCCGACCGGAGAGCUAUCGACUAGCAGGAUUGUACAAGAUGCACUGCAGCGUGGAAAGGAUGUCUACAUCCCAUAUAUUUACACCAUCGACCAGACCUCCGUCAUGGAUAUGCUCGCUCUCGAGUCCAUGACCGAAUUCGAGUCAUUACAGCCCGACAAAUGGGGCAUUCCCUCACUACAGCCUACACAGAUACCCGGGCGACGAAACUGUCUCACAGAAACUGGAUUGGAUCUAAUUGUCAUGCCGGGCAUGGCGUUUGAUCGGGGAUUCCGUCGACUCGGCCAUGGCAAAGGGUAUUAUGACCAUUUCCUAUCGCAAUAUUCUAAAAGGAGCAAGAAAAUGCCAUUCCUGGUUGCCCUCUCUCUCCAGGAGCAGUUGCUCGCCCAAGAUAUUCCUGUUGUGGAGCAUGACUGGCUGAUCGAUGCGAUCGUGGUGGGUGAUGGUCGGUAUUUGGUGCGGUGA